AUGCCUCACUGGAUUUUUCGACUCGGUCGUUUGUUUCGCUUGAGAAGAAAACGUUUAGCAACCGAAGAUCCUCCAAGCAUUCAUGAAGAACAGGUUCAUCGUACCGUUGAACGUAAACCAAUGAAGCAACUAAAAACCCUUGGUGAUGUUGUUGAUCAUCUUGAAAACUCUGAAGAUUUAGAGAAGAAAGAAAUUGGACAGCCUCUAUUAGGCAAAGAAAUGACCGUGCGUACAGAUAAAAAGGAUCACAAACCCACAUCUCUGCCAGUUUCCAGAGCUCUGUCCCUCACGCUUCCAGCAACCUGUGGGCACUUCGUCAGCUCAGACUGCUCUGUUGAUAGUAAAAUUUGGGAAUUUACUCGACGAAGUCAAAAUAUUCCACAGCUGUUUGGCUCAGUUAAAGCCCAUUCGGCUGAAUCGAUAAAUGGUAGAAAGCCAGGCAUAGAAAAAACAGCUACUUGGAGGCACAACUCGGAUGUGACAACACAAAGAACUACCGAAGCUCCAACCAUAAGCAUAACCGAGUCUAGUCAGAAAAGUCCAAGGCCCAAUUCGAGAGGAGAAAUGCGUGAACCUUGGCCACAGCAUACAUUGCUUCACAUUACUCCCGGGGGUGAGGUAAAGCACAGUCGACGACGUAUAUCUGAAGUAUGUGACUCAGAAAAAGUUAUUGAAGGUCCUGUGUCUAUACUAGUAACGAAACCUCCACCAGAAUCACACCGAAGUUUGGAAGACUUCAUUGAAAGUCUGAUCCCAGCAAAUGAUCCAGAAAAGCCCACCAGAAUACCCCCAUUAGAUGCCAAGAUGAAUGUCAUCAGAGUAGCACGAGACAGUCUGGUUACAAAAUCAGAAGAACGCUCAAUUCCGGCUAUACCGGACACCAUGGAAAUAGAAUCGGUCGAAGCUAUGGAUGCUUGUGCUACAUCACCGAUCAUUCCGCUGGAAAGGAUUGUGCCCGACAAGAAUACCAAGAACGGAGACACGUCCACAUCAGCUAGUUCCGAGCAGCAGCAAAGACAACAAAUACAGAGUUCCAGCGACGGGUAUGUGGAAAGGGAUCCAUCAAAAAAUGAGAUCAGAAGGAUGAGACGACGAAGUAGGAAACUGAGAAGCACGAGGAAGCUGAAACGUCGACACCGAGCGUCCCAAACAUCGGAGGAAGAGAUGGAAGGUAAUGAGCAUGGGCGGUCACCUUCUACUGGUGCUUUGUCCAGUGGUAGUAUGGAUAGUGGGUGGUGUAGACAAGUUUGCGAUAAAGACAGGAUGAUCAGAAAACUUUCCCGAACUGGUGAGCGCACGUGUGUUAGACGAACUUACGGAUCGUGUCGCCGUUGUACUUUGAGAGCAGGCAUUUUCGAUUGUACUGAUCGUACGGACCACUGCGCUGUAGUCCAAGAUUUGCCGCUGGCAUGCAGUCAAGGUGUGAGAAUUAAAACAAAUCAAGCAGAUGUGAUGCUCGAGGAUCUUAUCAGUAGCCUGGCUCGGGAUGUGGCUGGUAGCAUAUUGUCCAGAGCCACUUAUGCAAAAUCGAUCAGCUCUCGGACCCAUCGGCGAACAGCUUUGCUAUUAAGAGCUCUACUUGGUUGCCAAUAUCCUGGAACUCCGGACUCAUCGAGCGCUAGUUUGUCUGUUUUGUCUAGUUCACAGAAAUCGAUAUCUCACACGAAUGAUUAG